CAGUGAGGAGCUUGGCAAGUCGGACCCCUCCCUCGCUCUAUCUCUCUCCCCUCUGUCUCCCUUUCUCUCUCCUUCUCUCUCCUCCCCUUGUUGUGACAGAGCACACCUGCUUGAUCUUGGCUACACGCGCUCCGAGUCCAAUUACCACACAGGCCCUCGCAGCCACUUCACAGUCUCAUCCCCCCCACUCGACUGGAUUUUUGGGAGUCAAGCUCACCUCGUCAACUUCCACUCUCUUUGCCUUGCUUCUACUGAGAACAGGCUCCUUGCUAGCGGCACCAUGAGGUCAGCCUGUCUCUCUCUGCUCCUGGUCACUGCCUGCUGGGCUCUGCCCUUCCGCCAGUCUGGCUUCCUAGACUUCAUGAUGGAGGAUGAGGCGGGAUCUGGUGACGAGGUCCCCGUAGGCAGAGGCCUCCCUCCCAUGCCUGAAGGACCCAAGUGCCCCUUCAGAUGCCAGUGCCACCUGCGUGUGAUCCAGUGCUCUGACCUGGGUCUGAAGUCCGUUCCUGGGGACAUCCCAGCUGACACCACCCUGCUGGACCUGCAGAACAACAAGAUCACAGAGAUCAAGGAGAACGACUUCAAGAAUCUGAAAGGACUUCAUGCUCUGAUCCUGGUGAACAACAAGAUCACCGUCAUCCACGCCAAGGCCCUCAGCCCUCUGACCAAGCUGCAGCGCCUCUACCUGUCCAAGAACAUGCUAAAGGACAUGCCCGCCAACAUGCCCAAGAGCCUGCAGGAGCUGCGCAUCCACGAGAACGAAAUCACCAAGAUCAAGAAGGCCUCCUUCCAGGGCAUGUCCAGCGUCAUCGUCAUGGAGCUCGGGUCCAACCCUCUGAAGAGCGCAGGAAUUGAGGCCGGUGCUUUCUCUGACCUGAAGAGAGUCUCUUACAUUCGCGUUGCAGAUACUGGCAUCACUGAGAUCCCCAAAGGUCUGCCCAGCUCCCUCUCUGAGCUCCACCUGGAUGGAAACAAGAUCACCAAAUUGACCGGUAGCAGCCUUCAGGGCCUGAAGAACCUGGCCAAGCUGGGUCUGAGCUACAAUGAGAUCAGCUCUGUGGAAAAUGGCACGCUGACUAAUGUCCCCCACCUGCGAGAGCUGCACCUCGACAACAACGCCCUGAGUAGUGUUCCUCCUGGUCUGUCUGAGCACAAGUACAUCCAGGUGGUCUACCUCCAUGCCAACAAGAUUUCUGCAGUGGGAACAGGCGACUUCUGUCCUCCCGGCAUCAACAGCAAGAAGGCCAUGUACUCCGGCAUCAGCCUGUUCAGCAACCCCGUGCCUUACUGGGAAAUCCAGCCAAUCACCUUCCGCUGCGUCUUCGACCGCUCCGCCAUCCAGCUCGGCAACUACAGGAAGAAGUAGAAGAAGUAAAAAAAAAAAGAAGUGUCCCGCGCGCCUCGGCGAGGAUGUGUGUGAUUGUUAAUGAGUGUGUGAAAGUUUUGUAAGUGUGCGUGUUUGACCGCAGCCCCAAAACACUGACCCCCCCUACCAACACUGCCUCCGCACAGAAAACAGCGUCAGUAAUCCACAUUUUGAAAGGUUUGCUUACAUGGACCUCAAACACAUCAUAUCAUAUUCAUUAUUUUUGCUUCAAAGUCAGUGAAACAGUAUUAGAAAACACCAGCAUACUAUGGUGAAGCUCUCACACACAGCAUUUCAUUUAAAGAAACGGUUUUGAAAUUCAGAGGUGAUUCCUAACCAAAAAGAUUUGCAAUCUCACUUAAUCUAACUUUUAAAAUGUAAAAAAAAAAAAAACUGUUAGAUCAACUUUCCAUUGUAUGAAUUGUAUGAGAGCUGGCCUGUAGAGCAGGCAGCAAAGGGGUUAACUUGUGUUUUACAAUACCUUUAACAACUGGUAUACUAGAAUGUACUAGAUAUUACCUGUGUACUAGGAUUAGCAUUCAGAGUGUAAUAUUACCACGCUGCACUCCCUGACAGAACUCUGAGUUUCUAUUUGUAUUGUACUCAAUCCAGGUAGAGAUAAAAGCAACCGUGACUUCUAUCACAUUGUGAUUUCUUGUGCUUACUUCUCCAGUGUUCAUUUAGUUCUGGGUGUAUUUUCUUCAUCACAUCCCAUCCCUUGUUCUUCUCCCCGUGUGUGUUGUUACAUUCAAAGGACAAGGUGAAAGUAGCUUCUCAAAAUGUAGAAUAAACCAUAUAUGUUUUAAACAUAAGCCACUUUCCAAAGAUUUAUAUGCAUGCUCUUUUUUUGUGCUUUUUGGACUUGAAACUGGUUCUUUCUGGAAUCUCUUGUUAAUGCCUGUAUGUAUUUCUCUCUCUGUUUUUCUGCCCUUCAUUUCUUUUUUUUAAGAGUCAAGAAAAAUAGGAGGGUGUAUGUGGACUGGCAUGCCCACUGCAACCAUGUUGGUAUGAAUGUUGUAUGUAUAGACGCUGUAUAUAAAUGCUGUAUAAAACAA